AUGGUAAAUAAAAGCUAUACGGUGAUAUCUCCUAUGUCAGAGCUAUUGGAGAGGCCAGACCUGGUUAGUGGAUGGUUGAUUUUAUCUUGCAAUAAUGUGACAUUACAGUUGGAUAAGCAGCACCUGGUGGAUGAGUGUUAUACGGAGCUUUUGCUCUUUGGUUCUGCGGGAAAAAAUAUACCUGUGAACGGUGCGAUUGUGGUAAUCCCUUCGCUUCCUCUGUGA